UCAAAGUUACUAUACAUACUUGAUUUAGUAGAUAGAAGAGAAAUGAAGAGCACAGUCAACAAUGGUGGGAAGAUUGACGGUGGCCGGAAUAGAACGAAAUCUUUUACGAAAAUAUCCAAUAGCGCAAAAAAAAUAUAAUAAAAUUUCAUAUUUUAUCAAUUCUUAAUAUAGCCGAUGAUAAGCUUUCCGGAAUAGGGACAGAAAUAAACCACUUGCCAAACACUAGAGAUUUUCGAGUCCGCAAAGCGAGCCCAUUCGGAGUGUCUCCAGUUUCCAGCUCCGGCGAGAAAAAUGCUGCAGUUCCCGGCUUUCAUGACACAGUACCCUUGGUCUACGAGGACAAUUCCGACGUCGUUUUUACUGCCGUCUCAGUGGCCUCAACCCCAAAACGAAGAGCUACUGCUCGCCAUGGAAGAAUCUGAUUUUGAAGAAAAGUGCAAUGAAAUUAGGAAAACAAACAGCAACCUGGUGGUCAUCGGAAAAAUGACUGCUGACAAUGACAAGGAAGACAUAGAGGCAGAAGAUGAUGAUGCUGACAAUGCUGAGGAAUCUGAGGCUGAAGAAUUUGAGCAGGAAACUGGCUAAACUAAAACUGCCUCUGCAUCUUUGUGCCAUUUCUUGCCUUUACUCUUUAGAAUCCUCGAUUUGCUAGGUUUUUUUUUAUGAUUGUUCUAUCUAAAUCUGUCACUUUGGAAAGCCAGAGUUUCAAUUUGCCACUGUUAUUGUUUAAAAAUUUACUUUUAAUAUGAUGUUACAAUUAUGACAUUGGAAGUUGAAUUGAGUUAGUAAUGCUUGAUGAGGAGAAUUAUUCUCGGUAA